GAAAACUCCGCAUUUCCCAACCGUUUCGGGAGAGAAUGUCCCUUGCUCUCUACUCUACAUCCACUCUCCCACUCUUGGUCGAUGCUCUGACAUACUUGUCCAAAUGUCUCUUCCAUCUCUAGAACAAACCCCCUUCUCCCUCACCGAAACGGACCGCCAAGUCCUGGCCCAGACAGACGACGAGUUUGUCCUGCACGACUGGGAGGAUCUCAAGAACAUCAUCGCGCGCAAUGACCUCGGGUCUCUGAAAAGGAAGCCCUCCGAUUUGGUCCGCUAUAUCAGAUGGUCUACGGAAAUCAAGGCUCAAUAUGGCUCCGUAACCAACUACGUCUGCCAGCGUCGAUUGGGCUGGGAGCCUCCGUUCACCUUUAGGAACCCUGUUCCCUUCGCCGAUCCCGCAGACUAUAAGAUCCUCCGCAACGACUGGCCCUAUGGCGUCUCCCCGGGCAUUUCGCAUCUGGUCGUCUGGCUCCAGACUCCCAUCCCUGUCAAGGAAGAAGGCGGGGACAUGACGGAGGAAUCUCGGGCGUUGGUCGAGGAUUUUGUGCAGCGGACGUUCGUGAUGAGACUGAAUGGUAUAUGUCCGGACCCUGUGGAGCGUGUGUUGUGGUUUAAGAACUGGACUGCGCUGCAGAGUGUCAGGGCCCUCGACCAUGUGCAUAUCCUCGUCAGAGACGUACCGGAGGAAGUUCUGCUUGAAUGGACGGGAGAGCCGCUUUCCAAGCAAGAUAUGAGCCUUCCAAACUGAUGUCUAAGGGCAGGGAGUUCACCUGCAACGAUACCCUUCAUGAUACAUUUUCUUCAUUCCGUCAUAGAUACAAAUGCAUUGAAUGCAUUUUACAAUUGUGCUCUUUCAGGCUGUAAUUUAUAUCAACAGCAGAAGGCCCACCUACAUUCCUCCAGGGACUAU